AUGACCCCUUCACCAGCGUGGCUGCUCUGCACCAAAGAUGUCCCAGCUGGCAGCAUGGAGGAGGAGGAGGAGCAGGAGAUCAGAGCCGAGGCCGAAGAGCUGCAGGGACCUGCGGAGGGCAGGAGGAAGGAGCCCUGUGGCCAAGCGGAGCCGGUGCUGGCCCACCUGAGGGUGCACAGCGGUGAGCGGCCCUUCCAGUGCCCCGUCUGCAAGAAGCGCUUCACGCAGCUGGCGCACCUACAGAAGCACCGGUUGGUACACACCGGCGAGAAGCCCCACCAGUGCCCUACGUGCCACAAGUGCUUCAGUAGCAGCAGCAAACUGAAGAACCACCUGCGGCUGCACUGGGGUGAGAAGCCCUUCCAGUGCCACCAGUGCUGCGGCCGUUUCUCCCAGCGCAUCCACCUC